AUGUCUAUUGCGGCUUUGGCUUUCCCUAUCGAGCUGGAUGAGCGCGACCAGGAAUUGGGGUUGGUUCCUAGAAGAGGACCAAGUGGGGGUUCGCACAGUGGUGGUGGUAGUAGUGAAGGUGGUGGUGAGGGUGAAAGCGGUGGAAGCUCUGGGUCGAGUGGGUCCAGCUCGAAGAGUGAAGGAGAAGGAGAAGGAGAAGGAGGGGAAGAAGGAUCCUCCGGCAGCUCUGCCACCGGCAAGUCUACGCCUGAGGAGGCUCCGCCGCCGUACGACCCUCCUCCUUCAUAUCAUUCCUCCUCAAGCCAGUUCCACACCUCUACAGGCGAGGCCGUCGCUGCGUACGGCGGGGGGUCCACGACGAUCAAGCAGCUUCCCGCUGGUGUACCCUUUACCGGAAGGUCGUAUGACGGUGGUAUCCGCCCCCAGGUAUAUGGGAGCAGGACAUUCGGUAGCGGGUAUCCCUAUGGAGGGGGAGGGUACUGGCUCGUAGGACGACCGUUUCCUUUUGGCUUCUGGCCGGUAUACUAUUAUCCGUAUUAUUAUGGGGAUCAUGAGUAUGGACCUGAGAACAACUCCUCGCGCCCUGGAGGUGCGGAGUCGAUGGCCCUUGUUCAAUCUACCAACGCAUCUAUCUCCUCCAACGCGUCCCUCUCGAGCAACACAAGUUCCAACAGCACAGCACCAUCGAACAGUACCUCCAUCCCACUUAAUACCUACGCGAUCAUGGGCGAUUCUGACUCUGUUCGCGCUGUGCUUGACGCGCUCGUACUCAACUGCAGCGUCAUAAACUCCACUAUUAUGCCCUACAAUGCGAACGCUUCCGGCUCAGUCCAGCCCGAACAAGCAGUACAAUACUACCGCGCUUCAUCGUUCGCACUCUUCCUCGAGGGUUACAAUAACACCGCUGCCUCUGCCGCUAGCGCCCCACCAAGCAACACGACCGCGUCGAACAUGACGUCCGAUACUCCUCUUCCCACUAAUCUCAGUCUCGAUUUCCUGGAUUGUUUGAACCAGACGAUAGGGAAUGCGGUGCCUAUGACGAAUGACGGGAGUGCGCUGGGGCUUCCCGCGCCUGUGUGGAGCUUGGUUGGGCUUUUCUGGCUUGUGUUGAUCAUGGCCAGGCGAGUGUGA